CGCAUGCCCAGAGUGUGGAAAGUGUUUUGCCCAAUCCGGAAAUAUGCUCCGACAUCGGCAGACACACAGGAAAAACUGAAAUUCCACAGGAACGUGUCAUCUCCUGUCAUUGUGUCAUCUGCCGUCAAGUUUAAGCACUCCAAACACCAGUGUCCUGUGUGCGGGAAGACCUACAGAGGAAACACCAACUUGAACUAUCACAUGGCUACCCACACCGGCAUCCGGCCUCACAAAUGUUCCAUCUGCGGCAAGGCCUUUACCCAGAAGUCCACUCUGCGCACACACUUCCGGAUUCACACAGGCGAGAAACCGAAAAAGUGCCGGACCUGCACCCGUGCAUUUGCGGACUACUCCACCUGCAUGAAGCAUGAGCGGACCCACAGCGGGGAGAAGCCAUACGCAUGCCCAGAGUGUGGAAAGUGUUUUGCCCAAUCCGGAAAUAUGCUCCGACAUCGGCAGACACACAGGAAAAACUGAAAUUCCACAAAAAGUGCUUAUACAUUAUAGAAUACAUUCAAGAAAGUGCCAAUAUUUACAUUCUGAAUCCCUUGUGUUGUUUUUUAGAGAGUUUGUUAUUACUGCAUGAAAUCAGUAUUAUUCAUUUUUCAAUGUAUAUGUAUUGCAUUAUGUUUUAUGUAUUUUAACAUGUGGAAUGUUCAUGUAAAUGUAUAUAGUACAUUGUACUUGUAAUUGUGUUUGACUGUUAUGUAUUUUGUAAAAAAAAAAACCAACAAAAACGUCAUUUCAAGAUUUUCAAAUGGAUAUUUAUUUUUUCAAAAGAAAUUGAGACCUAAAUAUGUACAUUUUCAAUACCAAUGAACAUUUUAAAAGUAAAAGUUAUGAGAAAUUUAAAAAAAAAAGUCCAUUAUUAGAAUGAAACAAAAAUUCAUUUGAAUGUGACAUUUUUCCAUACAGAUCUCCCUUCUGCCAAGAAUUAUCCCCAGACCCUCUACAGGUUCACUGCACACUGAGGGGUUCUUAUACCAUUGUACUUUUGUGCAGUCAAUCUUCGAGUUAUCCGCCCUUUAAUGUAUAGUAAAAUAUUAUGCGGUCUUCCAAGUUGAUCUUUAAAAAAACUUUAAAGAACUAUUAGUGAUAAGGGCCUUUAAUGGCAUUAGAAAAUGAACAUCAUCAAUUAACAAUAUGUUAAUCUUGCUUUCU